GCCUGCCCGCCCUCCGCCUCGACCCCAAGGUGUCGCGCAGCGUCCUGCCCCUCUCCGCCGUCUUCAUCGGCAUGGUCACCUCCAACAACCUCUGCCUCAAGUAUGUCGGCGUCGCCUUCUACAACGUGGGGCGCUCCCUCACCACCGUCUUCAACGUGCUGCUCUCCUACCUGCUGCUCAAGCAGACCACCUCGCUCUACGCCCUCCUGGCCUGCGGAGUCAUCAUAGGUGGCUUCUGGCUGGGUGUCGACCAAGAAGGAGCAGAGGGCACUCUGUCCUGGACAGGUAUAUUCUUUGGGAUCUUAGCAAGCCUGUGUGUCUCGCUCAAUGCCAUCUACACCAAGAAGGUGCUGCCUGUGGUGGAUGGUAGCAUCUGGCGCCUGACCUUCUACAACAACGUCAACGCUUGUGUCCUGUUCUUCCCUCUCAUGAUGCUGCUGGGCGAGUUCCACACCCUCUACCACUUUGAUAAGCUGGGAAACCCCAGUUUUUGGGGCAUGAUGACCCUGGGGGGAGUGUUUGGCUUUGCCAUUGGGUACGUGACUGGACUUCAGAUUAAGUUCACUAGCCCGCUCACACACAACGUGUCUGGGACAGCCAAGGCCUGUGCCCAGACAGUGCUGGCUGUUAUCUACUUUGAGGAGACAAAGAGCUUCUUGUGGUGGACGAGUAACUUGAUGGUUCUGGGGGGCUCCUUUGCGUACACGUGGGUGAAAGGGCUGGAGAUGAGAAAGGUGCAAGAGGAUCCUAAUGUCAAAAAUGGCGAAAGAAAUGAGACUGGUGUGUAGACAGUGCCUGCAUCUCUGUUUCUGCGCCUGGAGGGUUAACCUUUGGUGUUCCUUUCCUCCUGGGGAGAAGAGCAAGGAGCAGGAAAAAGAUUCACUUAUGAAGUGUACAGGGAACUGUGUCAGAAAUCAGAGUCAAGAACCUGACUGGAUCGUGUUUUGUCCAUGGGAAUCUCGCCCUGUAUUGGAAUUGGGGAAAGCAUGUGAUGUAGAGAGCAAUCAGGGUUUUUUUUUGUGAUUGUUUUUUAAAAUGGAUGUUGCUGUUGACUU